AUGGACGCGAGACAGAAGAAGGAGGACGAGGUGGUGCACCUGCGCCGGCAGAUCGGCCCACUGCCCGCUGCGUCGUUCAUUAUCGGCACGGUGGUAGGAAGCGGUAUCUUCAUCGCCCCAAAGGGAGUUCUGAUGAACAGCGGGAGCGUGGGCCUCUCGCUGCUCGUGUGGGCGCUCUGCGGGGUGCUCUCCUUGUUUGGGGCGCUGUGCUAUGCUGAACUCGGGACUACUUUCACCAAAUCGGGGGGCCACUACACUUAUCUUCUGGAGACCCUUGGUCCACUUCCCGCCUUUCUACGCCUAUGGGUAGAGUUCCUCUUCAUCAGGCCGGCAGUGGCCUCCUAUGUGUCGCUAGCUUUCGGCCGCUACGUGGUGGAACCCUUUUUCACCCCUUGCGAUGCCCCAGUUUCCCUCAUCAGAUUGGUCAGCCUUCUGGGAGUGACAUUCGUGGUGGCCGUCAACUGCUGGAGCGUGACGGUGGCCUCUCGCACGCAGGUCACCUUGACCUUCAUUAAGACCUUUGCUUUGGUCCUCAUCAUUGUUCCAGGCAUCAUGGCGCUGGCAAAAGGAAAGACUGAGAACUUUCGAAACGGCUUUGAGUUUGAGGCAUUGACGCUGGACAGGCUACCGCUAGCUUUUUACAAUGGCUUAUACGCGUACGGAGGAUGGUUUUAUCUCAACACUGUGACAGAGGAAGUCAUCAACCCCAACAGGACAAUCCCGCUAGCCAUCAUGUGCUCCAUGGUGACUGUGACGGUCCUCUACGUGCUGGUCAACGUGUCUUACUACACCGUCAUGACUCCCGCGGAGCUGCUGCAGUCGGACGCUGUGGCGGUGACGUUCGCCAACCGCGCGCUGCAAGGCGUGUCGACCGUCAUCCCCCUUCUGGUGGCGCUGUCUUGCCUCGGGGCGCUCAACGGGGGUUUCUUUUCGGCACCAAGGAUGCUGUUUGUGGGAGCCAGGGAAGGACACUGGCCCCCCAUUUUCUCCAUGAUUCACAUCCGCAGACAUACGCCACUGCCUGCCGUAUUGUUUCUGUACCCGUUGGUGGUGCUGAUGCUCGUCACUGAAGAGAUCCAGCAUCUGAUCAGCUUGGCCUCCUUCGCGCGCUGGUUCUUCAUCGCCUUGGCGACGCUGGGGAUGCUCGUGCACCGCUUCCGCUUCCCUGACAUCCCUCGGCCUUUCAAGGUUCCUCUGGCGGUAGCAGUCACCUUCACCGCGGUCUGCUUCUUCAUCGUGGGUUUGUCGCUCUACUCGGAUCCCUGGAACACGGGGCGUAGCUGCGCCCUGACGCUGACCGGCGUCCCGGUGUACUACGUGGCCGUGCACCGCUCCCGACUGCCGCCCAGGUGGAGACGCGUCUUCGAUUACUGCGGCGAGAAGCUCCAGAUCCUCCUGGAAGUCGCCCAGCAGGAAGUCAAGACCUACUAA